GCACUUCCGUGUGCAGCGGCUCGAGAGAGGGAGGCUGCGGCACCGGGAUCCCCGGAGCGACCCUCGGCAUCCGCCCGCCGCGCUGAGGCCCGGACGGGACUCAGCGGCCUCCGGGCCCGUCCCGGUCGGGCCCGCAUCGACCCCCAGUCCUCGCGCGCGCCCCGGAACGGAGCAGGGAGCUGGACCCCAGACGUCGAGACCCCUGGCGCCUGGAGGUGCGCGGGAGGUCUGCCUGGAACUGGCCCAGGUGAGGGCAGCGGACCUACUUCUGGUGGUGGUAGUGUGGCGGUGGCCGCGGCGGGAGCCAGGACUGAGUGCAAGGCGGAGCCAGGAGCCCCAGCCGUACUGCAGGCCCCAGCAUGGCACCGUUCCUGCGUAUCGCCUUCACCUCCUAUGAGCUCGGCUCCCUGCAGGCUGCGGACGAGGCCAGCCAGCCCUUCUGUGCCGUGAAGAUGAAGGAGGCACUUAGCACAGAGCGCGGGAAGACACUGGUGCAGAAGAAGCCUACCAUGUAUCCCGAGUGGAAGUCCACAUUCGAUGCCCACAUCUACGAGGGCCGCGUCAUCCAGAUUGUGCUGAUGCGAGCAGCCGAAGAGCCGAUGUCUGAGGUGACAGUGGGUGUGUCGGUACUGGCCGAGCGCUGCAAGAAGAACAACGGCAAGGCCGAGUUCUGGCUGGACCUGCAACCCCAGGCCAAGGUGUUGAUGUCUGUGCAGUAUUUCCUGGAAGACAUAGAUUGCAAACAGUCUAUGCGGGGUGAAGACGAGGCCAAGUUCCCAACAAUGAACCGCCGUGGAGCCAUCAAGCAGGCCAAGAUCCACUACAUCAAGAACCAUGAGUUUAUUGCCACCUUCUUCAGACAGCCCACCUUCUGUUCUGUAUGCAAAGACUUUGUUUGGGGUCUCAACAAGCAAGGCUACAAAUGCAGGCAAUGCAACGCUGCCAUCCACAAGAAAUGCAUCGACAAGAUCAUCGGCCGGUGCACCGGCACCGCAGCCAACAGCCGGGACACCAUAUUCCAGAAAGAACGUUUCAACAUCGACAUGCCGCACCGAUUCAAGGUUUACAACUACAUGAGCCCCACCUUCUGUGACCACUGUGGCAGCCUGCUGUGGGGACUGGUGAAGCAGGGACUAAAAUGUGAAGACUGUGGCAUGAAUGUGCACCAUAAGUGCCAGAAGAAGGUGGCCAACCUCUGUGGCAUUAACCAGAAGCUCUUGGCUGAGGCGUUGAACCAAGUGAGCCAGAGACCCUUCCGGAAGUCAGAAACAGAGCCUGUUGGGAUCUACCAGAAUUUUGAGAAGAAGCCAGAAAUCUCUGGAGAAAUUGUCCCAGACAAUGGGACCUACGGCAAGAUCUGGGAGGGCAGCACCAGGUGCAACAUUGAGAACUUCACCUUCCACAAGGUCCUGGGCAAAGGCAGCUUUGGGAAGGUGCUGCUUGCAGAGCUGAAGGGCAGGAAGGAGUUCUUUGCGGUCAAGGCCCUCAAGAAGGACGUGGUUCUGAUCGAUGAUGAUGUGGAGUGCACCAUGGUGGAGAAGCGGGUGCUGGCACUCGCCUGGGAGAAUCCCUUUCUCACCCACCUCUUCUGUACAUUCCAGACCAAGGACCACUUGUUCUUCGUGAUGGAGUUCCUCAACGGGGGGGACCUGAUGUACCACAUCCAGGACAAAGGCCGCUUCGAGCUCUACCGUGCUACGUUUUAUGCAGCCGAGAUCGUCUGUGGACUACAGUUUCUACACAACAAAGGGAUCAUUUACAGGGACCUCAAGCUGGACAACGUGAUGCUGGACCAGGAUGGCCACAUCAAGAUCGCCGACUUUGGGAUGUGCAAAGAGAACAUCUUCGGGGAGAAACAGGCCAGCACCUUCUGUGGCACCCCUGACUAUAUCGCCCCCGAAAUCCUGCAGGGCCUGAAGUACUCAUUCUCCGUGGAUUGGUGGUCCUUUGGAGUCCUUCUCUAUGAGAUGCUCAUUGGUCAGUCCCCCUUCCAUGGUGACGAUGAGGACGAACUGUUUGAGUCCAUCCGUGUGGACACACCACAUUAUCCCCGCUGGAUCACCAAGGAGUCCAAGGAUAUUCUGGAGAAGCUGCUUGAAAGGGAUACAACCAAGAGGCUGGGAGUGACAGGGAACAUCAAAAUCCACCCCUUCUUCAAGACCAUCAACUGGACUCUUCUGGAGAAACGAGCCGUGGAACCGCCCUUCAAGCCCAAAGUGAAGUCCCCUGGAGACUACAGCAACUUUGACCAGGAGUUCCUGAACGAGAAGGCACGCCUCUCCUACACCGACAAGAACCUCAUCGACUCCAUGGACCAAACUGCAUUUGCUGGCUUCUCCUUCGUGAACCCCAAAUUUGAGAGACUCCUGGAAAAGUGAGACUUCCAGACAUGCCCCCCAACCCUCCCCAGCUGAGGAGCCUGCGUCAGCCAGCACGGCCUGCCCAUCCAGCCCGAGGCAGAGCAGACUGGGUGUCCCCCUUCAUCGGUACCUGCCCGCCGCCCCCCCCCCCAACAAUGAGCAACAGUGUGAUUGUCUGAUUUCUGCUGCUGCCACCCCCUUACCUCCAGGAGGGGCCUCAGCUCCUGUCUGGCUGGGCUCUUAUGGUACUUCUGUGAACUAUGUGUGAAUUUGCUUUUCCUCUGCCAUCAGAGGGAAAUUGUAAAUCCUGUGUUUCAUUACUUGAAUGUAGUUAUCUAUUGAAAAAAUAUAUUAUACACACACACACACACACACAUAUAUAUAUAAUAGGCUGUAUAUAUUGCUCAGUAUAGAAGAAACAUAUGAGGGACUGGUGAUCUAUUGAUUUUUUAAAAUAUAUAUGUAUAUAUAUACACAUAUAUACACAGAUACAUAUAUGUGACCACAAAAAACAAAAAAGAGCACAAGCUGUUUGAACCACCAGGUUCUUUUAUCUGUGUGUCUGAAUAAACACCAAAUGGUACUGA